AUGGCUGUUAGUUUCCGGGAACUGUUGAUAAAGUUAUCACAGAAAAUCAGUGAUAAAGAAUUAGAUGAAAUGAAAUUUUGUUUAUCUGACUAUGGCGUAGGUAAACGAGAUAGAGAACGAGUAAAAAAAUGUCUUGAGUUGUGGACAUUAAUGGAAGAACGGGCUCUUCUCAGUGAAUCAAAUGUUUCCAUGCUAGAAAAAAUUUUAGAUUGCAUUAAUCGGCAGGAUUUAAAAGAAAUGCUGAAAAAUCACAAGCAGCCAAACAAUGUUCCUAUAACUAGAGUAACGUCAUAUGUGCCAGCUCAUUGUAGUAAUAAACUUCACUCAAUGGCAACGAGGGCAGUUGUUAUUAAUGAUGUCUUGUACUACAUGGCAAAUAACUUUCACUUAUUGGAAAAUGAAAAUUUCAUCAACUACAUAUCAGAAUUUUACACAAACGAAGAUAUUGAUGAAGCUUUGAAUAAUUUAAAGUAUGAUAUGGAUUUCAGCAGAAUAAAAAAAUGUGAAAAAUUUGAAUUGCAUGGAUCGAGAAAAGAAAAAAUAUUGAUUUGCAUAUCAAUUUUGAAAGAACCAAGGUCACAAAAGUUCAUGAAUAAUUGGCCUAUAUUUGUCAGCAGCAAUUUGGCAAAAAUUCCCAAUACUAAUAUAGAAAAUUUUUUAGAAAUAAAUCCGGAUUACUUAAAAGAAACUACAAACAUGUUGCACAUAGUUAGAACUUUAGAGGAACUUAAACGAAACUGCUUGGAUAAAGAUGAAAUAAUUAAUAAACUGCUCAAUCAAAACAAAAUUUUGCAAGAUAGAUAUAUGAACGACUUUUCAAAUUUGAUGUCUCCUGGGAAAAAGAUCCUGCAAAUUACUUACGAAAAAAAUGGUAACUCAAAUUUUUCACUUCCAGAUGAUGAAUCAAUUAUCGAUACAGGCAGCUACAUUGGUAAAUCAGAAAACAUCUGGUCUAAUUCACAGAAGAGUUCGGCAGUUGACGCUUUCGUGCAAAAUAAAAAAUAUAAAAUUCGAUCAGAUAAUUCGGCUGAAUUAUUUAAUAGCAUUAAUGAAUUAAAAUCUAAAUUUAUUGUUUCAAAACCUAUAAAAAAGGUAAUUGAUAAUAAAGCAAAUGAAACUUACAAACGAUAUACAGAAAAGCCUCUCGGGAAACCAGCGUUUUUUAUAGGUGAAUUGAAAAAAUGCCACAGAAACAACUUCUUUAAAGCGGGUAAAAAUUACUGCUCUCCGUUUAAUUUUCCAAUGAUUAAACAAACCGUGGUUAAGAAUGACACCGCAAACAAGGUUGACAAUAAUUUAGCAAUGUUCCGAGGGUACUUUAAAUGUUUUGAUGUUCGAAAAAUGAAGGGUCCCAAUUUUAUGCUCAAACAUCGAACGAUCUUCGAAAAAUGCUAUUGA